AUGGGCUGCGGCGGCCCCAGCCAAGGAGCGGACUGGCGCAGCGCUGCCCCGUGGCACACGCGGCAGCACCAACCACAUGGCGGCUGGCAGCGGCGCACGCCCAGCAAGCCAAGGCAGAGGCAGACCAGCCAGAAGAGGCGUGGGGAGUACAUCGUCUGCCCGCAAUGCCCGCCAGGCGAGAGCUGGGUGCACACCAAACGUGCGGGCACCCCAGGAUGGGAGGGCUGCGAGACCUGCACCUACAAGUGGCCCAAGCAUGCCGACAUCACGGACACGGACAAGCUGGCAGCGAAGCAGGCUCUGGCGACGCUCGGACUGGACGAAGACAACCUCCGUGCGAUGCAGGCAGCCGAGACGCUGGCCAUGCCCCCUGCCUUGGUGCCUGCACCGGCGGAGCCUGCCAGCCCAGAGCCCAAGCUGGGGGAGCGCUUGGAGGCCGCAGCGCUGCGCUGGAGACAGGCCCAGCAGUCCCAGGAGAAGAUCACUGGCCAGCUCGCGCAGCUGGACAAGCGCAGGCAGGAGAUGCUGGGUAAACUCGACGAGACCACAGACGAGGUCAUUGAUGCCAAAAUACAGCUCGACGAGCUCCAGAGCGAGGUCAACAAGGCGGGAGGGGGCUCCCCCGCGCCACCGCCCCUGCAGCAGCAGCAGGAUGCCGAAGACCCAUGGGGUGACGUGCCCGAGCUCUCGGAGCAGGACCUUGAAUUCCUGGACCCCGAGGCCAAGACCACAUGCGCCCAUGCCGCAGCGCUCGCGCGGCAAGCCAAGGAGGUCUACAGUGCCGCCAAGGACCAGAGCACUUCUAUCAAACAUCUCGCCGUCACCCUCAAGGAGCUCCAGGCCAAAGUCACCGCCAAGAAGCGCCGCCGUGUGGGAGACGGAGAAAGAGGAGACACAGAGGAGGCCAAGGUCGAGGUCAAUGAGGAAGCCGCAGAGGUCCCCAUCGACUGCGCCAAGUGCGACUUCUCCAACGCCGAGGACGUCAAGAAGUACCUCAACCAGACCUCAACCAUCAAGGCCAGGCAGCGCGAAGCCAAAGCCCAGGAGGUGGCAUCCAAAGAGCAGGACGACAAGGGUAAGCAAGCAAGGUCGGGCGCCAGCGCGGGCGGCUGGGGCCAGCCUGGCAUCGCCGUGAACAACAGCACUGCAGCGAGCGCAGCCGCCGCACAGGAGGCCCACAGGCUCGAGGAGACGGAGACCGCCAGACAGGCCUUGCAAGUAUUCUUCGGCAACUGCAGCCAGUACAACGACGCAGCGAAAGCUUUCGUGGAGGGAGCGCAAUGCUAUGACCUCAUUGGCCUUUCGGAGCACCACCUUGCACGCCCCCAGCGCGACGCCGAAGAGCAGAGGCUGCGCCGAUACGGGCGGCGCCCCCUGCACUCCUGGACGCCUGCCACCAGCAGCCGCCGCGCAGCCGAGCGACCAGGUCAAGCAGAACGCAGAGAGGGCACGCAUGGGGGCACCCGUUGGCUACGCCGCAAUGACCUUAAUACCUUCUGCCGCCUGCCUGACAAGACGGGCAAGGGUGCGUUCCACAACCAGCUUAACGAUGCCACGGUCGCACUCAUCCGCCUGCGCCACUGCACCCUUGCGUUCAUCAGUUGUUGCCUGAACUGCAGCAACGGGCUUGCGGGCAACAGUGGCACAAAGCUGGGCAACAUCCUCAGAGUCACCAGGUCGCUUGGGGUGCCGUGGAUCAUGGUCGGGGACUUCAACUGCACACCAGAGGAGAUGGCUUCGCCCCGCUGGCCGCAGGCGCUCAAGUGCAAGAUCCUGGCACCAGAUGCUGACCUUACUUGCGCCAGCGGCAAGGGCCGAGUCCUUGAUUACCUGAUAUAUUCCCACUCAGCCAGACCUUUCAUCAAAUCAGUCGACGUCGUGCGACAGGUUCCGUGGGGGCCGCGCCUUGGGCUGCGCAUCCAACUUGCGGCCAGACCUGGCGAGGUCCAAGUCCGCAUCCCGCGGCUCCCCAGGAAGUUCGAAAUCCCGACCGUUGAGACGCAGAUCACCAAAGGAGUCAAGCGGGCACAGCGAGACAGGCAGCAGUACGAAGCGGCAGUCGAGGAAGGACUGGAUCACGACGAGCUCGCCGACAUCCAGCACUUGUUGAGCGAGACCUACACCAAAAAGCACCCUGCCUUCUGCGCCGACGACGCGUGGGCCAACGCCAAGGAAUACGCCGCCCAGUGCCAGCUGGGGGAGCCCCCGCCCUGGGCCCAGAGCUCCCUAGCGUACAGAGCCAGCCCAGUCUGCGCGAACAGAUUGGGCGACAAGUACGGACACUGGGCAAUGGCGGCGGAAAAGAUGCUCGCAGACCUAUGCCGACUGACCGAGCUCAAAAAGGUAUGCCUCAAGACCAAGGGCACUUCUGGACAGCGUGCUGCCAUCGAGCACGUGAUCAUCCAUGCACGCAAGCAGAUUAGGGGCGGCCAGAAGGUCGCGGAUGACGACCCCAGCGAAGACAGCAUAGCUCUCCGGUCUACGGAGGCACUCGUCCACAGCCAGCGCUUACCAGACCCUGACGACGAGCAGGACGAGUGGGAGACAAUUGCAGAGGUAAUCCGCCAACGUGCGGCUUCACACAACAAGAAGGCCUGGCAGGAGACCAGAUCUGCAGUACGCCAUUGGACUGAACAAGCACUCCAAGCAUCGAUGGGCGAGGGGCACCGAUACCUCAGCAAGCCAGAGCGGAAGGACCUCAGCGAAGUCACCAUUGACCCGUUGGAUGGACACCCAGAAGGCGACCUCCAGGAAGGAGUCAACCUCCGAACGGCAGCUUGGGGCAGACGCUGGCAAAGGGACACAGACUCGCAGGAACUACAAGCAGUCAUGAAGGACCUACGCGCCAAGGCAGAAGCAGCCAACUGCAACCGACGGCCUAAUGAAGUAGUCGAUUUGGACAAAGCCCUACGCCAGUUCAAAAAGACCACAGGCAGAGGCACGGACCAGUGGAGGCCCGCUGAGCUGGCCGCCCUCCCCACCCCAGCCAGACAAGAGCUGAUCGACCUGAUCAACGACUGCGAAGCAACGCUAUCCUGGCCCCACCAAUUUUACCAUGUGUGGCACCAGCUACUCAGGAAGAAAGACAGUGCGGUCGCAGGGGAGGAAAGGCCCAUCGGGCUAUUCCCCAUCCUGGUUAGGGUCUGGGGCAGACUCACCAAGCACGAGGUGGGGCAGUGGUGCGAUGAGAGGGCAGCAUUCUGGGACGCAGCGGUGGCUGGUAGCUCUGCGCUCCAAGCUUUCACGGUCGCAGCAUGCCUGGACGAAGCAGCAGCACGCGGGCGCGCAGCUGAAGCAUGGGCAAGCUUAUUCUUGGACUUGGAGAAGUUCUACGACAACAUCAACCUGGCCAAGCUCAUCAAGAAGGCGGAUGCACUGGAGUACCCGCCCGUCGAGCUCUACUUGUGUACGCUGAUGUACGUGGCGCCACGGGUUGCGCGAGCCUCUGGCUGCAUCCACGCCAACAAUGCGGCCCGCAUGAUGCCGUACGAUAUCCUCGAGUUGGCGCACCGCACCGCGCCGAAGGCAUGGCCACGCCAGUACGUUGACGAUGUGCAGAUCCGCGCGGAGGGCGCCUGCAGCAUCGUGGGGCAGCAGAUCGCCACCAGCGCAGCGUCCAUUAUACGAAGCUGCGAGGCCGACCAGUUGCCCAUCUCUGGGAAGUCAACGCUAGUUGCAUCGCGCCCAGCUGUCCGUGACGCAGUCGGCGCUACAGCAGCUGCCAUGGGCCUCACCCUCACGCAGGCCGACGCCAUGAAGGCACGGGCCGAGGCAGCCGACAUGGCGGGCAUCAAGGCUGGGCACCGAUGCACGGCUACAGUCCUCAUCCUCACGCACGGCGACAAGGAACCGUGGACGGCCAAUGUCAUUCGUCAACUCCGCGAAUGGGUGCGCACGUGGCGAAGCAAUGAAGACCUGCGUGACCACCUCCGCGAAGCAUGGCACCGCGUGCAGAACCACCUGAACAGCGUCACCAAGCGUGGCCGCUGGAUGGCCGCCACAGGUCCCAUGGCAGCUCUCCAGCUCAUUCUCGAGAUCCUCGACUGGAAGGGACAGGUCGAGGAUGCCAUCAAGGACGCCGCUAUCAGCCUCCCCUGGAGCCAGGCGGGCAGGCACCCUGAAGGGCAAGGUCUGCAGAGAGGCGCCGACAUCUCCGCGCUCCAGAGCAGUGCGAGAUUCUUUCGCAAGCUGGAGAGGCACCAAGAGGCAGGGGCGCUCGAAGCAUCGGCAUGCGCAGCGGUUUGGACCAACCAGAAGUGCCACGCAGCAGGUUACCGCGCUCGACCAACAUGCACCCGCUGCCAGCUCAGGGUUGACGACACGCCGUUCCACAGGCUUUACGAGUGCCCAGCCACGGACGACAUCAACCACCAGUGGAUCGCCAGCACAGCGGCAUUGGCGGCCAGGGCGCGAGCAGUCAAAGACGACCCGCUUGAGCACGCCUUUUGGGUCAGGGGCAUCCUACCCAACGAAAUGUGCCCAGUCGACCCACCCCCCGACUGGGGCAGCCUCGAUGACACGCACUGGGCGGUAGGGAACUUCGGCGCGCGCAUCCGUGAAGCCCGCACGGUGGCAGCUACAGUUGCUUACACAGACGGCUCAGCCACGUCAGGCGAUAAGCGCAUCGCCCGAGCAGGAUGGGGCAUGGCGUUGGAGCUACCCGAAGACGCUGGCAUCGACAUCGACGAUUACCCAAGCUGGUUCGACAUCUUGGACGGGCCCCAGACAGUUGCAGCAACAGAGCUUGCAGCCAUCUUCUGGACGCUCAAGCUCACCCACGGACAGCUCACCAUCGUCACGGACUCCCAGAUGGUGACAGAUGGGAGGCGCAGCUACAAUUAUGCCCACCCAGAGGGUCCCCUGGCAAGAUGGUGGCAGCGCAUCCACGAUGCUAUCAGAGAGCGUGUUGGAGGCAUACGAGACGUCACCGUCAUCAAGUGCUACUCGGACAUCGACGUCACCACGAUCCAGAAAACCAGGCAGUCCAUGCGCGUCACCAGAGGGAACGAGCUCGCAGACGGGUGCGCCCAGAGAGGGGCCGAGAUUGCAGCCAACUGCGUUCCCCCUCAGGCAUUCCACACACGCAAGCAGGUCGAGGAAGAGACGGGCCACCGAAUGCACAAGCGGACCGACGGCAAGUGGGCCUGCCUCGAAUGCAGCAAGGGGCCUGGCAAGUACUCCAUCAUCGACUGGGUGCGGACGCAUGGCUGUAGUUCAUUGCCAAUGGUAGCCAACAACAGCGGACGGGCCACCAAGGUUCCCACGAUGGAGUACGCUACCCUCAUGAAACAAGGGCCGAUCCACCAGACGCACAAUAUGAGCUACCUGCACGGGCAGUGCUGGUGCUGGCGAUGUGGAGCGAUGGGAUCCCUCACCGCCGACGGCAAGAGCCGCAUGCUAC